AUGUCUUCUCAUAAGACUCUCAGGGUCAAGAGAUUCCCAGCCAAGAAACGAAAGAAGAAUUGUUCCAUUCCCCAGUGGAUUCGAACGAAAACUGGUAAUAACAUCAGGUACAACCCCAAGAGAAGACAAUGGAAAAGAACCAAGCUGGGUCUAUAA